GCGGGAAGGGGCCCCCGGGCCGCGCGUGGGACUGAGGAAUUCCAAAUAAAUGAGCGCAUAAUUCGAUAAAUAGAUAGUACAAUGUAAGAAUUUCUCCUAGGGGGCUGCAGCAAGAAUCUGUAGUGUGAUUGCAUCCAUCAGUGAUCCCAACUGGAUCACAUUCGGAUGGCUGAUGAAUCGUAGAGUGGUUUCAGUUGGAAGGGACGUUUAAAAAGCUUCUGGCCCAAUUCCCCUGCGCUGAGUGAGGACACCCACAGCUGCAUGGGGUGCUCAGAGUGCUGCGUUUGUGCCACUGCUCAGUGUUGUUCCAUGGAGGUCAGUGAACCAGCACUGAUCUGUAAGUGGCACAGGUCAGAGGUCCGAUCAUAGAAUCAUAGAACCAUAGAAUCCUAGAGGCUGGAAGAGACCUCCCACGAUCAUCAAGUCAAUCCAUCCCUGUCAUGCCCAUUAAUACAAUGAUAGAAUCACUUGACUUGGAAGGGGUCCUUAAAGGUCAUCUAGCUCAACAACCCUGCAAUAGAAUCAUUAAGGCUGGAACAGAGCUCUAAGAUCAAAUCCAACCAUCAGCCCAUCACCACCAUGCCCACUGACCAUAUCUCCACUGGAUGAAGCCUUCUAGACUGCCUCUGGAAAGAGCCAAACCCCACAGUCCUGCUGGGGUUCUGCAUGCCUCCCACCCUGGCUUAGUGUGCCUGUGCACAGGAGCACCAAAAACCCAUUUCAAAUGGAGUCUGAGGCCCAGAGCCAAGCAGAAGACUUUGGUGAGGCUCUGAACCAGGACGUGACUGGUCUGGUUGUAGAGUGGCUGAUCCUGCUGGCCUUAUGCGAGGUCUUCUACUUCCCAGAAAAGAGAACACAAGGGAGCUUUAGACUGGACAGAAGGAAAAUAAUGAGGCUGAUGAAGCACUGGUGCAGGUUGCCCAGAGAAGUGGUUGAUGUCCCGUCCCUGGAGACAGCCAAACUCAGGCUGGACAGGGCUCUGAGCACCUGAUGGAGCUGUGGCUGUCCCUGCUCAGCCCUAAGGGCUUCUAAAGAUUCCUUCCAACUCAAAUAACUCUGUGGUGCUACGAUCCUACGCUCCAGAGUUGCAUAGCUGCACCCAGAGACAAGAGCCCUCAGCUUUCCCAGGCAGCUGCUCUGGGCAGAAGGGUGAGGAAAGUGCCCAGGCUCAUUGCCACCUGUCUGAGAAAUACCCCCCAGGUUUAGGGAGCCCAUGAAUGCUGCAGAGGAGACAACAUUUGGGCAUUGCAGGCGCGAAGCCAUGUGAGUGCAUCAUGCAGAGGGGGCUUGGUGCCUUCUGUAGGGGUGCUACAUGAGGGCUGCAGUGGGGACAGCGAGAUAAGGGCUGCUGCGUCCAGAGCCGCCUGCUAAGCUGGUCACUGCUUUUCAUGGAAGACCACGCCUUGUGCACACUGACCAGCCCAGAACAAACCCCCCGGUGUGGACCCCCACCCAUCCCAGCCAAUGACCCCACGGCGCGGGGAGGGGAGGAGCUGUCAGCAGGGGAUAAAACCCCCCGGGGUCUGCAGCUCAGCUCCAAGCUCUGAGUGCUCCCACAGCCGCACGCCAACCCUGCCGCCACCAUGGUGCAUUGGUCCGCCGAGGAGAAGCAGCUCAUCACCAGCAUCUGGGGCAAAGUCAACGUGGAGGAAUGCGGUGCCGAAGCCCUGGCCAGGCUGCUGAUCGUCUACCCCUGGACCCAGAGGUUCUUUGAUAACUUCGGGAACCUCUCCAGCCCCACAGCCAUCAUUGGUAACCCAAAGGUCCGUGCUCAUGGCAAAAAAGUGCUGAGCUCCUUUGGGGAAGCCAUGAAGAACCUGGACAACAUCAAGAACACCUACGCCAAGCUGUCGGAGCUGCACUGCGAGAAGCUGCACGUGGACCCCGAGAACUUCAGGCUCCUGGGGAACAUCCUCAUCAUCGUGCUGGCCGCUCACUUCACCAAGGACUUCACCCCCACCUGCCAGGCUGUCUGGCAGAAGCUGGUCGGCGUGGUGGCCCAUGCCCUGGCCUACAAGUACCACUGAGCUCCCAGAGCAGGACACAGCUGUGAGAGUCAAUAAAAAAGCACAUUGUCUGAA